AAAAGAGUAAAGCAUAGAGAAUCCCUUACUUCGCUUCUUUCCCAAGCAAACCACAAACACCUCUCUCAACAUUCAUCUUCCUCCUCCUCCUCAAGCAAAGUCAUCACUUCACCAAAAUGUCAAAUUCAAGUCACCGGAGAAGAGUUCCGACUCCGGUCGGAAACGGAGGCCGGAGCAUCAGGUUGAGACGGACGGCUUCCCGUUGCGGUUUUGAUAAGAUCCGUUCAAAAUCGACUAAUCAUGUUUUUGAGAGAAGCUUAUCCGAUUCGAGUCUCAAUCGCCGCCGCGACGGAGAUGGUAGUUGCAUGCGGCGAUCAUCGCCGUUGAGUGGCUUACUGACGGAAGAUUCUGGUCCGAUCGUCUACUUGCCAAGGAUUCGCUCUGAGGUUAUGGCUUCUUCUCCGUCGUUGUUGGGCUUAUCUUCCCUAACGUCUCCAUUUCCGACCAAUCAAGAGGAAAAUAAAAGAGAAGCAACAAAAGUUGUAAUCAACGUAGCAGUUGAAGGAAGCCCUGGACCUGUAAGAACCAUGGUCAAAUUGAGUUGCAACGUCGAAGAAACGAUCAAACUAGUCGUAGAGAAGUAUUGUGAAGAAGGACGAACACCCAAACUCGAUAAAGGUGCUGCCUAUGAGUUGCAUCAAUCUCAUUUCAGCAUCCAGUGUUUGGAGAAAAGAGAAAUAAUCGGAGAAAUAGGAAGUAGAAGCUUCUACCUUAGAAAGGGAGCUAAUGAAACCGGAGUUUCUUUCGCCGGAAUUUCUCCAGCGAGAACGAGCUUUAUUCCGUCGUCUCAUAUCAUCGAAUCGUGUAUCGCUCAGAUUAUUGGGAAAAUCUUGAGGAGAACGAGAAAGUUAUGGAACAUAUUGAUCCGCGACCAACGACGCCAGCUUGACCGAGGACAAGCCGACCACUCCAUCUUCACUUUCUUUCCAAAAGAGGCGCCGACACACAGAAUUGAAGAUCACCUGACAUUCCAAUCUUCAGCCCAACUUACCAAAACCCGGGAGUUGAGAUAUACCACACCGUUGAGGGGAACCGCCAUCCUCAACUGGCCCAUCUCACUCACCUAA